AUGAAUGAAGAACUGGCUGAGUUAAAGAAUCAAGAAGCCGAUAAUGAGAAGAGAAAGAAUAUAACUACACCGCGUGCCAAUGUAAAAAGAUGCAAGGUUGAAGAUUCUGUAGAGGACAGUGAAUUUGCUGUAAUGACUGACGAAGUUCUUGCGGAGGAGAAUGAAAUCUUGCCGGAGUCGCCUAUGGCGAGUCAGGAAUUGAUUAGAUCUGCUAUAGUAAAGGAAUAUCGGGAGAAAACGGAUAAAUUAUCUCCACAAGGGUUUGCAUUGUCUGAAGGUUCUUCAAGACCAGUUUUUCCGUACAUUGGAGACAAUGGAACGACGUGCAUGAGGAAUAAUGUUGAGCCUUCAUCAGCAAUAUAUGACCCUCUAGCACCUGUUGAUCCGAUUGUAUUGGAUAAACUUAUGCAACACAUCUCGAGAAUUCCACCCAAACCACCAGCACCAGCAAAGAAAAGAGUUGUAAGAUCCGCCGCUCGUGAGGGUGACUUCUACAGCAUACUCAUCCUUGAAAGACCAUGGCCGCAUAGCCAAUAUGGAUGGUUGUUUGAUGAUCAUAUCUCUGCGUAUAUUAACGUCCUCAUUAAGAGGUCCAUGCGAGAUCCCACCCCAUUCUGGACCAAGCGAAUUGCCUUCAUUGAUCAUUGGUUCUUGAAGAAGUGGGUUGAUGAUUACAAGCAGUUCAAGAUAAAACCUAAUAUGAUGAAGUUCACAUGGAAUGGUUAUGAAAAUCUUGUACACGGUAAGCUUCCCUGUAACUUUCAAACAAACUUGAAGUGGUAUGAACACGUGGAUCACUUGUACGGAUGUCUUCCAACCGGCGGAAAUCACUGGGUGGCUUUUCACGUGGAUCUGAAGAAGGUUAAGGUUGUUUGCUAUGAUUCAAUCAUUGGAGAGGUAACAGCCAAAAGUGCUUCAAAAAUGCUUGAAGAGUUUAAACCGAUAACGCUUAUGCUUCCCGAUAUUUUGAAUCAAAACAUUCCUGCCAAUCUCCGAACCCCGAGUAGGAAGAAGUUCGCAUUCAGGAGGAUGAGCAAAAGGUACACUCCACAAAACACCCAGAUUGGCGAUUGUGGGGUGUAUGCGUUGAAGUUUGUGGAGUGUCUAGCGCUUGGUGUAAGUUUUGCUCGGAUAAACGAUAAAAAUAUUCAAGGUUUACGGUUGAAGAUGGCGGCAGAGAUCCUCGAUGAAGGAGGAAACAGGGCGGAGAACAAUUAG